UACGACCUUAGGACUUUUAUUUUGAAAAGUUCGGAGGCGAAUCACCGGAAAACGUAACUGAAAUCAAUAGAACACAGUUCGUUUUAAGGAUUGUUUUUUUGUGAAUAAGAAAAUGUUAUCUCGGAGUUAUCUAAGUUUUAUUGAUUGUGAUAUAAUGAAUAUAUCAAACAAUACAGCAAAGAUCAUGUUCAUGUUAUAGGUUUUAAUAAUUUUGAGACACUGCGGGGCUUUUGAUAAGCGCCAUCUUUGUUCGGGGCAAAGAUGCCGAAAAGUUGUUCUGCAUAUAAUUGCACAAAUAGGUACAAUAACAAAAAUCCCGAAAUCACGUUCCACAGGUUUCCUUUCAGUAAACCAUCGGUUCUGAAACAAUGGUUAGAGAACAUUGGACGUGAUGACUUUCAGCCAAGGAAGCACAUGGUUAUCUGUUCACUUCAUUUCACCCCUGAUUGUUUCAGUGGUUUGGGGAACCGUAAAAAUCUAUUGUGGAACGCAGUGCCAACUCUCUUUACAGUCCCAUCUCAGGAUACAAAGCAAAAUAAUUGUAGGAAGAGGCUGAAGAGAGCUUUAAAAUCUGCUGCUGAUAAAUGGGAUGACACAGCACCUGACAGGACACCUCCUUUCACUGAGGAUACCAAAACUGAGCAGAUGCAUGAGGAUGCUCAGCACUCUCACAGCAAUGAAGAGGCUUACUGUCAAACCACAAAGGAUUUAGCUGCCACAGACCACACCUAUUCUCUUUUGGACCCAUGCACGACUAAAGCCCGUUUGUUUAACGUUUUAGAUGCUAACAGCUGGCUACAGAAAAGAUUGCAGACCAAAUGCAGAUUGAUAAAAAGAAUGAAACUCAAACUGCAAGAUGCUCAAAGAGAACUUCUGACUUUGCGUCGACAGCUCAGAUAUAGAUAUACGAAUCGCCAAAGAUAUUCCGAGCUCUCAAUGGGGAAGUUACUUCAAGACCUAGUCAAGCAAUAAUGAAGACCUCGGGUUGCACAAACAUCUUUGAGCUUUAAAGAAGCCUGAACUUUUGGUCAUGGAAAAUGUGUUCAACAAAUAUAUUUCAUGAAAAGCAGCAAAAGUGACAAGUUUUUUCUUUAAUUGGACAGAUAUGUCCAAUUAAAACUUAAAUUACUGUGCUUUUGACUUGUGUGAAAAUUUUUAGGAGAACAUUUCUAGAAUAAAUGGUAACAUUUUACAGGAAGGUCCCUUUCAUUAAUCUUUGUCAGCAUUAGUUGAUAAAAAUAUAAAAGUUAAUUGCUAGUAGCUCAGGUCCAUCAAAUAUUACCAGAUAAAACUUCUGAUUUUAAUAACGUAUUAGUGAAUGUUGAAAUGAACAUGAACUAGUUAACUGCUGUUAAACAGAACCUUAUUGUAAAGUGUUAUUGACUUAAUUCAAUCAAAUGUCACCCUGCUGAAAACAUUUGAGGAAACAUUGUUGUAAGUUUGCUCUAUUCUUUUUCUUUUUAAAUAAAAAUCAUGUACACCAUUCAAACACAA